CGGCCACCACUGGCUUCAAUAUGGCUGCCCCCAGGGAAAGGCGGGGUUAACGUGAAAGUACAGACCCUGACUCCCUCGUCGCAUGGAUCGUAGCGCAGAGUUCAGAAGAUGGAAGGCGCAGUGUCUGAGCAAAGCGGACCUCAGCCGGAAAGGCAGUGUGGAUGAGGAUGUGGUAGAGCUUGUGCAGCUCUUAAAUGGGCGAGAACAGUUUUUCACCACCAGUUCCUGCUCUGGCCGCAUCAUCCUCCUAGACGGGGGUAUAAAUGGUUCUGAGGUUCAGAAACAAAACUGUUGCUGGCUACUGGUUACACACAAACUCUGUGUGAAAGAUGAUGUGAUUGUAGCCCUAAAGAAAGCGAAUGGUGAUGCCAUUUUGAAAUUUGAACCACUUGUUCUUCAUGUGCAGUGUCGACAGUUGCAGGAUGCACAGAUUCUGCAUUCAGUGGCAAUAGAUUCUGGUUUCAGGAACUCCGGCAUAACAGUGGGAAAGAGAGGAAAGACUAUGUUGGCUGUCCGGAGCACACAUGGCUUAGAAGUUCCAUUAACCCAUAAAGGAAAACUGAUGGUGACAGAGGAAUAUAUCAACUUCCUGAUAAAGAUAGCAAAUCAUAAAAUGGAGGAAAACAAGAAGAGAAUUGAAAGGUUUUACAACUGCCUACAACAUGCUUUGGAAAAAGAAACUAUUUCUAUGACCUCAUAUCCCAAAGAGAAAAUCAAAGAGAAAAAGAACUCAUCAUAUACUCACAAGAAAAAAAGAAACCCAGAAAAAGCAUGUGGCAAAUAUAUUACUGACGAAAAUAAUAAAGAACUUGAAAAUGAUGAUCGUGAUGAUCCAGGAAUCAGUGUUACUCUCUUCCCUGAAGAUUACUGAGAUUUGGUUCUGAAGUGUCUUGGUAGAAUAAUGUUUCUAAUAGAUAUUAUAAAGCUGCUCUUUAUAGGAGUAUUUUAGUUUGUUGAGUGUAUCAGCCUUUCAGAAAAACAAGAUUUAAUUUUUCUCUAUAUUUUAGGGAAACCCUUAGCUUUUAAAAAUAGCUGUGUAUAAUAUCAGUACUUGCUCUUAAAUACCAUCAUUUUUAGUCACACAGUCAUUGAAAAAAUAAAAUUAUGAUUUUUAAUGCUUCUUCUUAAGUUUCAGUUUCUACUUCUAUAAAACAGAAGAACUAUAAUACUCUUUCAAGAGAGCCUUAACAUUAGGAAUAUUAGAGUAAAAAUCAUAACA